AUGGGAACUGGUUCAUCAAUUAACCUUGAUACCAGCGACGAUCAUGCCGGUGGUCAACUCUAUGUAUCUCUCAAGAUGGAGAGUUACAGUCCCAAAGGAGACCUUGUUCCUCACGUCUUCGGUUCUGCCCCUCUCGUCGGCUCAUGGGACCCCUCCAAAGCUCUUCCAAUGGAGCGAGAGUCAUCCUCAAUGUGGCAAUUAAGCUUCGUUGCUUCUCCCAAUCAUGAUACAUUGGACUUUAAGUUCUUAUUGAAGUCAAAGGAUACCAACGAACUAUGCAUAGUAGAAGAAGGUCCAAACAGGCAAUUCAUGGGUGGGACCUUGCAAGGGGUUACAAGAUUGGCUCUAUUCAGGCUAACCACUGAUGAAGUUCUUGAGUACAGGGUUUGUAUUAAAGCAGAUAGGGUUUCACCCUUUGAUCUUGCUGCUAGUUGGAGAGCUUAUCAAGAAAAUCUUGAACCCUCAACUGUGCGUGGGAUUCCUGAUGUUAGUAUAAACGCAUUACCCGAAGAUAGUGAGAAUGGCAUUUCAUCAAGUUUGGAUCUUGAUCUUGAACAAUAUGUAGUCCCAACUCCAUCGAGUCCUGUGGUGUAUGCUGCAAAUUUGACAGAGAAUCCAAGAUGUUUGAAGCAUAAGAAGGAGUCUACUAAAGGUGAUGUGGAUGUUUCUAAUGAUCUGCAAACAACCAUAAAGGAAAGGGAAAUUGCUAGUAAAGCUCAUGGUAUGGUUGAGUCAAAAUCUGUGGGAACGUUUUCACCAUUGGAGAAGGAAAAUAGUGAAGAAGGAGUUUUUGUGGAUAGAGGUGUGGGAUCUUCUCGGUUAGUGAAAUCCGCAAGUGCAACCCAUUUGCCUGCUUCAGAAGCCAAGAACUCAAUGCCUGCUGCUGCUGGAGCUGUUGCAGCUGCAGCUGUUGCUGAUCAAAUGCUUGGACCCAAAGAAGAUAUGCAUCUCGCCAUUGUCUUGGUGGGGUUGCCAGCUCGUGGUAAAACUUUUACAGCUGCUAAACUUACAAGGUAUCUCCGUUGGUUAGGUCACGACACUAAACAUUUCAAUGUUGGAAAGUAUCGACGCCUUAAGCAUGGAGCUAACCAGAGUGCUGAUUUUUUUCGAGGUGACAAUCCAGAAGGCAUGGAGGCUAGAAAUGAGGUAGCUGCUUUGGCAAUGGAUGACAUGAUAGCCUGGAUGCAAGAAGGUGGCCAAGUGGGAAUAUUUGAUGCUACAAACAGCACUAGUGAAAGAAGGAAUAUGCUUAUGAAGAUGGCUGAAGGAAAAUGCAAGAUCAUCUUUCUGGAAACAAUAUGUACUGAUCCACAGAUUAUUGAAAGAAACAUACGCCUCAAGAUUCAACAGAGUCCAGAUUAUGCAGAAGAGCCUGAUUUUGAAGCUGGAUAUCAGGACUUCAAAAGGCGACUUGAUAAUUAUGAAAAGAUGUAUGAGCCAGUGAAUGAAGGAUCAUAUAUUAAAAUGAUUGAUAUGGCAAGUGGUCAAGGUGGACAGAUACAAGUGAAUAAUCUCGGUGGUUAUCUUCCUGGGAGGAUUGUGUUUUUCUUGGUGAAUACGCAUUUGACACCACGUCCGAUUUUGCUUACGAGGCAUGGUGAAAGUCGUGAUAAUGUCAGAGGAAGAAUAGGUGGUGACACGGUUUUGAGUGAGAAAGGUGAGGUUUAUGCUAAGAAACUUUCCAACUUUGUGGAAAAGCGACUCAAAAAUGAACGUGCUGCUUCUAUAUGGACAAGUACAUUGCAAAGAACAAUAUUGACAGCAAAUCAAAUUGGGGGGUUCCCAAAGAUACAAUGGCGUGCACUUGAUGAGAUAAAUGCGGGUGUAUGCGAUGGAAUGACAUAUGAAGAGAUAAAAAAGAACAUGCCCGAUGAAUACGAAUCACGCAAGAAGGAUAAAUUGAGGUAUCGAUACCCUCGUGGCGAGUCUUAUUUGGAUGUUAUACAAAGGUUGGAGCCCGUGAUCAUCGAGCUUGAACGCCAACGGGCUCCCGUUGUGGUCGUAUCUCACCAGGCUGUUUUGAGAGCUUUAUAUGCAUAUUUUGCUGAUAGACCAUUGAAAGAAAUUCCACACAUUGAGAUGCCAUUGCAUACAAUAAUCGAGAUACAAAUGGGAGUCACUGGUGUUCAAGAGAAACGAUACAAGCUCAUGGAUUGAUCCAUUUUACAAACAUUAAUGUUUUCUUGAACUUGCUAACACUUAAACUACACAAUUCAUUCAACUUUUAUAACUCCUCAAACAUCAUUACACACAACAUUCAAUAAUAUCGUCAUCAAUGAAAAAUACUCUUUUUUACCAUACCAUACCCCUUAUAUCUGGUUACUCUAACAAGACACAAAAUGUCUCUGAUACAUAUAGUUUUUGUAUAUAACUAGAAUCGAUUUAGGCAUCAAAGUUAAGUAAUUAGGCCCAAAGAGCAAGAAUAGACAUGGAAGUGGAGCCAAGAACAAGUGCUAAAAAAGAUGCCUUUUUUAACCAUGUUUCAGAGCUCAUUAGCUUAUUAUGAAAGAAAUCAAGAGCAAUGAGGUCCACUAAACCCAUGUAUAUUAAAAUCCCUGAAGACAAUGAACCCAAAAGUCCUUCAAGAAUUAAUGCAUUUGGGUUGCUAUCAUCAUACCCUGUAAUUGAGAACAGAAUCAUACCCAACAUGAUCCCCAUUGGUGUUGUCACUGAAAACAUCAAACACAUGUAUGCAGUUGUCCCAAAUUUGAAUCCCGCCUGAGCGAUGCAACCGCCGAGGCCCAUCCCUUCGAAGAUCUGAUGGAACGCCAACGCCGCCACCAACGGCUUAAUCGUGCACUGGUUCUGUGACAUCCCCAUCGUUACUCCGAUAAUCACCGAAUGGAAGAUAAUCCCUAUUUCCAGUACUUGCGAUACCAUUCUCUGUUUCAUCUUCACCAUCUCCUCCUCAUCCUUCAACCGCCGUCUCUCCUCCCCCGCUUCCACAACCUCAAUCUCCACCACCGAUUUUCUCACGUCCUCGCUGUCUCCUAUCCGUGUGUAAGCGGUAACCUCCUUGCUUCCAUGUACGUGUCCGUGACUGUAUCCAUCAACGUGCGAAGUCGCCGUUAAAUCCACUAACAGCGCCGUCAAUACUCCGAUCAAUGUAAUCAGACCGGAGAACGGGAAAUCCUUCCAUGGAUGAUGCGAUGAUACCUGACAAUCCGCAAGUGCGUCGUACGCAUCCGGAAGCACGUGAACAAGUGAGGUAGAUAAAAUGACUCCCGCUGCGAAACAUUUAAUGAUCAAAAUUGCUUUAUCGUAUAGAGGCUUGCCGUGAAACACACGAGCAAGCAUCACCGGCGCCGAUAUUCCGACGACGCUUGUGAAAAAUAUAACGAACAUUGAGAUCAGCUUGAGCGUCGCCGCCGCAUGGCCGUCGCGACAUGCAAGUGCUCUGGCGGAGUCUACGGCGCACAAAGUCAUGAUGAUUGUUGAUGAAAUUGUCUGUGGGGGUAUUGAAGAUGGAACUUCCACAGUCAAUUUGGAUUCUAAGUCAUGAUUCCAUUAACGAUUUCUUGGUAGAAAUUAUGGCCAAGUUUUAUUGGUUUAAUGUGUUGGAAAAAUGUUUGAGCAACCAGACAAUUACAAAACAGUGUAGUCUUACACUGAAUUCCACCAGUUUGUUUUGAUAUUCCACAAUGAGUCCUUUCUCUUUUCUUAAUUACACUUCACCACCUUGUACUUUCGGAAAAAGACUCGAAUGUAAUCUUUAACCACGAAAAAGACUGAGAUUGUGAGAACUAGAAACAAUAUGGACAUUAAACAAUUUUAAACUUUCAUAACUUCCAAAUCAGAAAGAGUAAUACAUCUAAUAAACAAACC